CUAUAAUCAAACGGAUUCAGACAAGAUGCAUCAAUCCUUGAAUCCGUUGCUCCUUUGCUUGCUUUCGCUAACAACAAUCUUGCUCAUAGCUAGCAGUAGCAAAAGCGGUAGUAGUGAAGUUGUCUCGAACAAUUUGAAACUUUUCCACCUCUUCCAUAGCGACCAUGACCUGGUUGCGAGCCUGUGAACAACAACGAUGGCUGCCAGGGCCAGGUUCUCGGAGAGCUCUGCAUUUGUUGAUUUCCCUCUGUGGAACUCUGGUGUUGUUACAACUGUUGAACAUGCCCUCCUUAUCGCAACAAUACUGGACCAGAAGCAAUAAUGACAACAUGAAGGACUUGGAGUCGCGAUUCCACACACAACGACUGAAAGUACUUCAAAAUGUAGAGGAAUGCGAUCUUUUGGACUGGCGACCCUAUCAUGACUUUCACAACUAUCUGGACCAUUUUGAGAUGUAUGUACUGAACAAGACAGCAGAUCCUUCACCACCACUGCAUCAACUGACCAACUACAGCUACUUUCAUCUCCCCUACGAGGAUGAGGGUGAGAGUGAGAGUCUGUGUUGGGCAGCCAACUUGUUUUACAAACACUAUCAGCAGCCAAAUGCAACGGCAUUGCCGCAUGUGCUGGUUGCCUAUCUCAGUCGAGAUUGGGGUGCCUUUUCUGUCAAGUGGACGCGUGGGGUCUAUCUUCAUCAAGACUACACCAAGAGACUUGCCCUCAAACAAAAGGAAUGCUAUGAUCAAAAUGGCAACAAUAUACUCCAACUAUACUUGAACCAUCCCAAUACCAAGGCAGUCAUCACAACCCAAGCACAUGAUGUUUCAUAUGAAAAGGGGCAUUCCAUUCCCUUGGGAUUGGAAAAAACUGUACAUGCACACUUGAUUUCCAGGGUACUCCAAGGACAACAGCCCCGCCAACCGAGGUCAGUCCUGCUGUACAUUAACUACCGGGAAUGGCCAUUUCGCGUACACCAACUUCAGCCUCUGCACAAACAACUGCAAGUACCCAACAGCUAUCAGGGACUAUUGGACGUUGAUGGGAUCCAACCAGUGGCCAUGCGUCCGCUGUCUCGUGUCCGUCAGAUUCGUAGAGGCGUUCUCCUAUUUUGGCGCCACAAGAUACGAAGGCUUCCCCUGAACUCAGAUAUGCAAAUUUUGCAGGAGGGAAUACAGUAUUUUCACAACAUUAGUCAUGCCAAGUUUAUGCUUUCCCCUGUAGGGUGGGGGUUGGAUUGCUACCGUAACUAUGAAAUGUUGUACAUGGGCACCAUUCCCGUGAUCGAGACCCGGAAUCGCACUCGUGACAGGAUGUUUCACAUAUUUGAUGAUCUUCCAGUGGCAUUCAUUGAUCACUUUGACAACCUGACAAACGAAUGGCUGGAGGCGGAAUACAGGAGGAUAUUGCAGGGCUCCUAUCAUUGGGAAAAACUGACCAAACAGUACUGGUUGAGUUUUACCAAGGCAUUUGUGGAAUGAAUCGAAUCGAACGGCUUGCAUGAGAACGGUAGUUGUGGUAACGUCAUACUUUUUUUUCAGAAUACGUAGAAAGCACUGAUUAUUUGUUUCAUCUACCAC